AUGUCCGGUGUCAAGACAUCGCUGCCCCGAAAUAUCAGGCAAUGGCAGGAUGAAAUAGCUAGGAUGAAUCUCACAGGCCAGACUGUACACGGUGCGAAGCUUGCAUCUGCCUCUAAAGUUGAGCAGGAGCAAUUUCUGUUAUUCCAUGUUCUAUGGGUAUCUCGACGUAUGGAUGAGUUGCCGAGAAUAUCGUCCGGCAUCAGCGAGUGGAUCUCAGAGGCGGAUACAAUGCUAGGAGGUUAUAAGUCAUGGGAAACAUAUUGUCGGUCGUUUUUUAGUCCGAAUAUUGAAGAAGGGAAUUUUGCGGUUGCCCGGCAGUAUCAACUUGAGGUUACCGAUACCCAAGAUGACACAGAUCUCCAAACCUUUGUAACUCCUAUCGCACAUCGAACAUGUGCCCGUGCUCGUGAACGUGAUAACCCGACAGCCGAUGACCAUAUGGAGACACCUUCGAAGUCCACCAAUAUCAGGCUUGAAGAUCCCUUUGUCAGUCCGAAGACCCCAGCCCAAGAGACCUCAGUUCAAGACACCCCGGUUCAAAAGAUCUCAGCCCAAGAGACCCCGGUUCAUGAGACCCCGAGUCCAUUCCAGCCUAUAACGCCUGGCCCAAAAGAACUGGAAAACGUGCUGUACCCUCCCACAAAGGAUGAGCAGAUAGUGAACUGUGCACUCAUCCUCUUUCUGAAUGCGCUGACCAUGCAUUUUAACCUAACCCAUAAACGGACGCUACAUAGAAAGGCCUUCAAAGCUAACUUUGAGAAGGCUAGUUUCGAAGCAAGGAUUGACGGAUAUCUCGAUGAUCGCCGGGAAAAGCAAAAGUUAUGUCGAGGUGAAACCUGUCAAACGAUCAAAGAAGUCGAUUCGUAUCCAAAUGCAGGAGGGCGCCCAAAUGGUUUCUUGGAUAAAAAGUGA